AUGGCCUACCCUACAGCCUCACCUCCGGCCCUCGCUGCCGACUCCCAUCACCCCAGCUUAAAACUUUCAACAUCUUUCCCUCAAUCUUCCUCCCUCCAUCAUGUCAUUACAUCUCUACCCCCUAGCCACAUGUCCUCAUAUGCUCCUUCAUUUUCCUCCUCGCCCACUUCUACUCCCGCCUCUGCCUUCCCUGUCCCUGGUACCCCGAAUGGGUUUACACCGGCUGGCACGCCCUUAUAUCCCCCCAGUGACGGACCUCGUGGUCAAAUUUCUGAAUUCUCCCUCCAAAAUCCAGCUCCCCUCGAGCUCGGCGAGUCUAUGAUGGCCAUUCCUAUCUCCAUCCCCAUCCACCAAAACAAUACCUCAAAUGAAAACUCCAAAACUCCCGGUUUGAUGCGGAGAUUCUCUCGAGGUGCCGCCAACAAGCUCACUCGCAGACGACAGUCCGCCUCCCAGAACGUCAAGCGAGAUCGAAGCUGUGGUCCCGUCAUCAUGCGCCGUCGCAGUGACAGCAAGAAUAGUACACAGCCAGUCCGUGAAUCUGCGUUAGACUCAAGCAACGAGGACGAUGCUAGCGAAGCGCUGGAUUCUCUAGGUGUGUGGUGUGGCUCUGAGCCAUCUAGUCUUCGUAGUGAAAGCCGCAUGUCGUCUGUUCGUGAGGUCGGCGCUGCUCCUACUUGUGUUGCCGUCGCUCCAAAGGUGGACUCGGCUGUGCAGCGAGGAACUGUCUUGACUAAAGUUACGAAAAAGUGCCGGAAGCAAGUUCGCUUCUUUUUAGAUUUGGAUGCUGGAAAGGUCUUUUGGGAUCUGACCAACCCUGCCAAGCGAUUUUAUAUUGACGACAUCAAAGAAAUCCGCGUUGGUGCUGACGCUCGCAAUUACCGCGAAGAGCACCAGAUUCCAGAAGAUGCCGAAGGGCGGUGGUUCACUAUUGUGAUUGCCGACUCUGACCGCUCUAAAGGCCGAGCAUUCAAGACUCUACAUCUGAUCGCUCCUAGCGACCGCAUCCUUGAGCUUUGGACCACAACUUUGGAGCAAAUCUCCCGAUACCGGAUUGGUCUCAUGGCUGGUUUGGCUGGAACUGGACACAGUGAGACAGUGCUUCAAGCUCACUGGCAACGUGAGAUGUCUCGGCUGUUCCCACAGGGACUUCGGCCGGGCGAGGAACCAAGUCUUGAUUUUGGCGCCAUUGAGAGUGUUUGCCACAGCUUGCAUAUUAACUGCUCCAAGAACAUGAUCCGAGCUCAAUUUACGAAAGCCGAUGCCGCACAUUGUGGCAAGCUGAAUUACUCCCAAUUCAAGGAUUUCCUUUCACGUCUGAAGGAGCGAAAGGACAUAAAAGAAAUCUUCAAGAGCCGCUCUGAAGAUCACAAGAUGGGAAUGACUAAGUUUGAAUUCCUGGCCUUCCUCCGCGAUGUGCAGAGGGAGAAUAUCGACGCUGACCAGGCUCGCUGGCUUGCGUUGUUUGACAAAUUCGCUCGGAGGUCCUCUAGGUCCUCUGUCUCUUCUGAGUCAUCAGAUGUCGUCCCAUCUGUCCCUCGAAUCAAUCUUGAUACCUUUUCCGCCUACUUAGCUUCUCCUAGCAAUGGAAUAUACGCCUCUCACGCCCCACAGUCAAGAUUCGAUCGCCCAUUGAACGAGUACUUCAUCUCAAGCUCGCAUAACACCUAUCUCCUUGGCCGCCAGGUUGCUGGCGCUUCCAGUACUGAAGCUUAUAUUAGCGCCUUGCAGCAGGGAUGUCGCUGUGUGGAAAUCGACUGCUGGGAUGGUGCUGAUGGCCGUCCAAUCGUGUCCCAUGGGCGGACUCUUACAACGAGUGUUCUCUUUGCUGACUGCAUCACUGUUAUCAACCGCUAUGCGUUCAUCUCGUCCGAUUUCCCCCUUAUUCUCUCUCUUGAAGUGCACUGCAACUCGGAACAACAAUUGGCUAUGGUAAAAAUUAUGAAGGACACCUUUAAGGACCAGCUUAUCCUUGAGCCCCUUGUGACCAACUUCUCUGUUCUCCCAUCGCCCGAGGAACUCAAGGGUCGCAUCCUGGUCAAAGUCAAGACCUGUGAUGAGUCCGAGAGUGACUCUCGUCCUGCCAACUCCGUGCACACUCACGGCCGCAAGCGCAGCGUCAGCUCUCCCUUUGUGCUGCCGACUGCACCUGAGAUUUCUGUGAAUCCAACUCUCUCAACGCUCUCUAGAGCGCCUACCAUUGGAUCUGUCGAUGGUAUCGGUCCUCUCCUCUCUCAGGAUAGACGUUCACUCACAGCCACCAGCAUGAGCAGUGCUACCGAGGACAGCGACGGAGGCAUGCCUUCUACACAAAACGAGAAGAAACGACGAAAAGGCCAGAAGAGCAAGAUCAGCAAGCCUCUGUCUGACUUGGGCGUUUACACUCGUGGCUACAAAUGGCGCAGCUUCUCAUCUCCCGAGAGCCACAAGUACAACCACGUAUAUUCCUUCGCGGAGAGAACGUUCGAGAGCAUCUGCCAAUUACACGAGAACAAGGUCUCUCUGGAGUCUCACAACCGCAAACACCUCACUCGCGUCUACCCUUCCGGUUUUCGCCUCCGCUCUUCCAACUUUGAUCCCAAUAAAUUCUGGCGUCGUGGUGUCCAGAUGGCAGCACUGAACUGGCAGACUUAUGACAUUGGUAUGCAGAUGAACCAAGCCAUGUUCGCAGCUGGAACAGAUCGCACCGGAUAUGUGCUCAAGCCCGAGAGUCUUCGGCUUCCAGUUUCAGAGAAUGCAAACAAAAAGCACAAGACGGAACGACGAUUGGUUCGAUUCUCUGUCGAUGUCAUCUCGGCACAGCAGCUGCCUCGGCCUCGAACCAUUGGGGUCGAGGACAACAUCAACCCAUACGUUGAGAUCGAGAUGUUUAGCGCCGACGAUCGUGGCCAGAGCUUCGUCUUUGGCGAAGGUGGUUCGGAUGCUUCCACUCGCAGCGGAAUGUCUGGCAUUGGAUUUCCCCAUCGCCGCCGUACCAAGAUCGAGCAGAGCAACGGCUAUAGCCCCGUAUUUAACGAUCGAUUCAAGCUGUCUCUUGAGACCAAAUACCCGGAUCUAGUUUUUGUACGAUGGACCAUCUACAGCUCCUUGGACGGCCGCAGUGUGGGCAACAAUAACAGCGUGCAGUUAGCGACUUUCACUGCAAAGCUUACCAGCUUGUCUCAGGGUUACCGCCACCUCCCCUUGUACGAUGGUAGCGGUGACCAGUAUCUGUUCUCGACGCUCUUUUGCCGCAUUUCUAAAGAAGACCCUAUCCCUGUUCAACGCCUCGGCCUAGAUGAACUCCGCGCCGAACGUAUGGGUCUUCUGCGCCAUAUUGGCCAAACUGUCUUCAAGCGCUCCUCGUCUGCUGAUCGGGAAAAGGAACACGCUCAAGAUCGAAGUGAGCCCGUGAGUCCUGACGACCGAGACAGCUCUCCAACUCUCACACCAACUACCUCGAUGACAUCAACAUCCUCCUCUUUCGUCCCUUGA